CCCGAGUGAUAAAGUGCGUGUUCAUUAAUGUGGGGACCACCAGCUUUGACAACCUCAUAGCGUGCAUCUCAGCGCGCGAUAAUCUGCAGAUAUUCAAGAGCUUAGGCUACCACUGACUUAUCCUCCAGAUUGGCAGAGGAACGGUGGUACCGGAACCAUUCAGUACUGAGUCAUUUACUCUGAAUGUUUACAGAUACAAGGCUUCCUUGAAAGAAGACCUCGAGAAAGCAGACCUUGUUAUUAGUCACGCAGGUGCAGGAAGCUGUUUGGAAACCUUGGAAAAAAGAAAGCCACUUGUAGUAGUUAUAAAUGAGAAGUUGAUGAAUAAUCAGCUAGAAUUGGCAAAGCAGCUACACAAAGAGGGGCAUCUUUUCUACUGUACCUGCAGCACGCUUCCUGGGCUGUUACAGUCAAUGGACUUGUCAACACCGAAAUGUUACCUUCCUGGCCAACCAGAAAAAUUUUCUGCAUUUUUGGAUAAAGUUGUUGGAUUACAAAAAUGAACACUACAUUCUCAGUGCUUUAAAAACACCCCCCAAUCCAGCCUAUGAGAUAUAAUUAAAUUAAAUGUAUAGAAUACAUCUGCAAAAAUAUAAAUUAUUAUCUUCCUAUACCUAUAAAAUGUACCAAUAUAGAAAUAAUUAUGGUGUGCACAUUUGCAUUUGGGUCAAAAUCCUAAUUGCAGUUAGUAUAUGUUAGAUUUUCUCCAGUCUUCAAGGUGUGGUGAGAAUUGACGGCUUUGUUGUUAGCAUUCCAAAUGGAUUUGGAAUCAUGGGAAAAAAAGUAAAAUUUGGAAACUUUGACAAGAACCGUAAAGGUAGUCAACUUGAUGUUCCUGGGAAUAAAAAGUGAAACAAUAACAACUUUGAAAAGUUUUCCAUGAGAGUCAGAAUCUUUACCUUCAUAAUCCAGGGAAUAAUUUUUUUAAAGCAGAAAUUAUGCUCUAUGAAGUACAGAUUUCAAGAACUGUCUGAAAAAGAUAACCAGAUCCAUUGAUCUAUUUUACUUGGAGAAACUACUUUUAUCCUAAAGAACAGGGUGAAGUGGAUAUGUAUACUCUUUCCUCUGAAAUAUAAUAAGUGACAAAAUAAUCUUGCUCAAUGUCAAGUCUUGUGGUUUGAGAAGCCUAAACCAAAAGGAACUUGUACCAGUAGGAUUUGCUGGUUUUUUUUUUCAGAUUACCUCUUAUUAUGGAGCAUUUAUUGUAAUACAAGUUGGCAAUUUGUGUGCUUAUAAAAUUGGCCUCACAACAAAUUAGGUAAGCAUAAUGACUUAAAUAUAUAGUUUUU